AUGAUUCUCAUGGAGACCCCAGGGUUGCUUCUCACAGAGCCCCAGGUGCCUGCAGGGAGCAGAGCUGGUUUGGAGCAGGGCAGUGCAGCCCCCCAGGAUGGUGAGAGCCUGAGCCCAAGUCGUGGGGCAGCCAAGAGGAAGAAGAAGCAGAGGAGGAACCGCACGACCUUCAACAGCAGCCAACUGCAGGCUCUGGAGAGGGUCUUUGAGAGGACGCACUACCCUGACGCCUUCGUGCGGGAGGAGCUGGCCAGGAGGGUCAACCUCAGCGAGGCCAGAGUCCAGGUUUGGUUUCAGAACCGAAGGGCCAAGUUUCGCCGGAACGAGAGGGCCAUGCUGGCCAACAGGUCAGCAUCACUCCUCAAAUCCUACAGCCAGGAAGCUGCCAUCGAGCAGCCCAUGGCACCACGGCCCACCACCCUCACCCCGGAGUAUCUCUCCUGGACCAGCACUUCCCCAUACAGCACUGUGCCCUCCUACAGCUCCAGCGGGACCGCGACGCCCACCCAAGGGGUCAACAUGGCCAACAGCAUCGCCAGCCUGCGCCUCAAAGCCAAAGAGUUCAGCCUUCACCAGAACCAGGUGCCGACCGUGAACUGAGCAGGGCAAAGCCCCCCCCAUGGCCUCAGCUGGGACACAGCGUGGACGCAGCUCCUGGGCUGGUCCAGGAGGAAUCCACCACCUGCCCAACCCACGUGCACUCAUCCAACAUCUCAGCACCUCUUCUCUCCUCUUCUCUUCCCUUUUGAAGGUAGAGUCAGACCCAGGCCGAAGUGGCACGUAAUUAUAGCCACAUAUGGAGCAAACUUGGUUAGGAACUUGCUUUUCUGCACACCCUUAUACUAACGGCUAUAUAUACACACACAUACCCCCCACGCGCUCUUCGAGGACAAACAGACUUGCCAAGGGAACAAGAAUUUGCUUCCAAACAUGGAAGGAUCUUGGACUAUUGGAUUUGACCAAUUUGG